GUAUGGCGGCGAGCGGACAGGGAGUUGUUGUUUUUAUUGACGCUUUGAGGCGGCGUUCAGUCGGUUACUUUCUUACCGUCGGAACGGUAACGUUAGUAAACUAGAAGAAGAAAGGACUGCGUUUUUUAAAUCCACAAACAAAAGAACUUUUAAUUGUUUACAAAACAGGACAUCAACACUUCCAGGUCAGUUUUAGUUAUGGGUUCAAGUAAACAUGUAUUUUUAAGCCAUUUGACAGGUUAUUCACCUCGGUGUACUCGCUAUUAUACAACAAUUACAUUUGUGGGCUGAAGUACAUGUGCGACAAUCUUAAGACAAUCUUAUAGUCAAAAGUCUUGUUUUUGGACCCAUACAAUGAUGGAUGGCUCAAAAGAAGGAGAGACCACAUCAACUUUGAAUAAAACCAAAGAAGUAAACAGGACUUAUGUGAUCUCAGCACUCCCAAAAUGUGGAGAAAACACAUUUAAAACACCAUCCUCUGGUGUCAGACUCACUCUUCAGAGAAAACCCAGCAGCAGAACCACUGCAAACCACAAUGAAGAAACCACACAGGAGAACCAAAGAGGAGAGAAACGCCUGACCCUUCAGCGCCGGACCAGAACAGGGUCCAUAAACAGAACCAAAGUCCUAACCGAACCCAAUCCAGCAAGAGAGACCCACGAAAUCAUCAAAACACCUGGGAAAACCUCAUGGGGUGCUCAGAAAACAAGCUCUGAGAAGGUCAGUGCCACUCAUGAGGAGGGUAAAACCAUUUCGACACCUACAAGAAGAACCCAGUUUGAGAAAUUAAGCGUCAAGAGAGACGUCUUUGAGAGGCUGGCAGGUAAAGAUGCAUCAAGACCCACAUCUACCAAACACACAACUGCAGCAGCAAGACAGAAGAGCACUGACACCAUGAGAUCAACAUGUGGAGCAGGAGGUGAGAGGGCUCAGAUUGGUGGUUUAAAUAGGCACAUGACACCCUUAGCACAGGUGAGGAGACCUCCGGCCCUAAUGAGCUCCACACCUCAUGGAGGAACCAGUGUUUCUAGAGCUGCUCCUGCUGAAGGACAUGCUCCUCUUGAAGCUGUGAGCAGAUCAAGUGCUCUACGACCUCAAGAGCUGAAGAUGGAGAACAGCGCGGUCACUGUCGCAGUCCGAGUUAGACCCUUCAGUUCAAGGGAGAAGAAUGAGAAAACCCGUCAGGUGAUCUUCAUGAACAACCAAGAAACUGUUGUGCAGCAUCCAGAUACUAAACAAAACUACACAUUUACCUUUGACUUCUCUUUUUGCUCUGUCAAUGAAUCGGAUGCAAGUUUUGCCAGUCAGCAGAUGGUUUAUGAAAAACUGGCUCGGCCCUUGCUUGAAAGAGCAUUUGAGGGAUUUAACACGUGUCUUUUUGCAUAUGGCCAAACGGGUUCUGGAAAGUCCUACACUAUGAUGGGUUUUGGUGAAGAGGCUGGCGUUAUUCCCAGAUUCUGCAAGGAACUUUUCUCAAAAUUGGCCAGAACUGAAACCAAAGAGAUCUCCUGCCAUCUGGAGAUGAGCUAUUUUGAGGUGUACAAUGAGAAAAUCCACGAUUUGCUGGUGGCAAAGGACGAACAAAACCAGAAGAAAAUGCCUCUGCGUGUGAGAGAACAUCCUGUCUACGGGCCUUAUGUUGCAGACCUGUCCACGAACGUAGUCACAUCUUAUGCUGAUAUUCAGACUUGGCUUGCACUCGGUAACAAACAGAGAGCCACGGCCGCCACCGGCAUGAACGAUAAAAGCUCCAGAUCACACUCUGUUUUCACUCUGGUCAUGAUGCAAACAAAAACAGAGUUUGUGGAGGAAGAGGAGCACGAUCAUUGCAUCACCAGCCGGAUAAAUCUGGUGGAUUUGGCAGGAAGUGAGCGCUGUACUUCAGCCCAGACCAGUGGAGACCGGCUCAGGGAGGGAGCGAGUAUCAACAAGUCUCUGCUCACGCUGGGAAAGGUGAUCUCGUCACUCUCAGAACAGGCUCAGAGCAGAAAGAAAGUCUUCACCCCGUACAGAGAGUCAGUGCUCACGUGGUUACUGAAGGAAAGCCUCGGAGGAAACUCCAAGACGGCCAUGAUCGCCACCCUGAGCCCUGCAGCCAGUAACAUGGAGGAGAGCCUGAGCACGUUACGCUACGCCCAGCAGGCCCGUAUGAUCAUUAACAUCGCCAAAGUCAACGAAGACACCAACGCCAAACUGAUCCGAGAGCUGAAAGCAGAGGUGGAGAAGCUCCGUGCGGCUCAGAUGAGCUCUCAAGGCAUCGAGCCCGUGAAAAUGAGACUGUUUCAGCAAGAGAUCGCCUCUCUUAAGACUAAACUCUCUCAACAGGAGCAUGAAAUGGCCGAGGCUCACAGAACUUGGAAAGAAAGGCUGGAAGAGGCAGAGAGGAGGAAGCGUGAAGAAACCAAAGAGCUGCAGCGCGCCGGCGUCACCUUUAAAGUGGAUAAUCGGCUGCCUAACCUUGUGAACCUGAAUGAGGAUCCGCAGCUGUCAGAGAUGCUGCUGUACAUGAUUAAAGAGGGCGAGACCAAGGUCGGCAAGCUCAAGUCUGAGUCGGCCCACGACAUCCAGCUGUCUGGAGCUCUCAUCGCCGAUGAGCACUGUGUCAUCUCCAGCGUGAAAGGUACCGUCAGCAUUAAACCGAUGCCAAAUGCCAAGACCUUUGUGAAUGGACAUCUUGUGUCUGAGUGCACCGUUCUCCAGCACGGAGACCGUGUGAUUCUUGGAGGAGAUCACUACUUUCGGUUCAACCACCCCGCCGAGGUUCAGAGCGGGAAGCGCGCGUCCUGUUGGAGCAGUGGAGAUGGUCAGAAGGACUUUGAGUUCGCUAAAAACGAGCUGCUGUCGGCUCAGAGAGCUCAACUUGAAGCAGAGAUCGAGGCGGCUCGGUUGAAGGCCAAAGAGGAGAUGAUGCAGGGCAUUCAGGUGGCAAAAGAGAUGGCACAGAAAGAGCUGAGCGAGCAGAAGAGUCAGUACGAGGAGAGGAUCAAAGCUCUGGAGCGAGAGCUGGAGGAGGAGAGUGAACGGAAGAGAGAGCAGGAGCUGCAUAAAAAGAGGGUUGUCUGCAAAAUAGAGCAACUGCAGACAGCAAAGAGUCUACUGGAGCAGGAAGUCACCACCCAUAAGAGACGUCUGCAGAUGGAGGCCCAGGCUACUAGACAGGCGAUGGCUGAUCAUGAUAUCCGGCAUGCUAAGAUUGUAGAGGCUCUUGAAGCAGAGAAGAGGAAGAUUGCAGAAGAUCUUGCUCAGAUUGAGAGAAAACGUGCUCUUAAAAUGACCCAGACCCCUAAAACCGCCUACCCACAGUGGGAUUCCUUGAAGCUGUCUUUGAUGAUUGAAGAAGCAAACAAAAUCGGUGCCAAACUCAGGAAACACACAGUCUUCAGCAGACAUGAGGCGACUGAUAAAGAGAGCGAGAGUGGAGACGUCCAACUGCAGGUCCAAGUUCAGAACACCAAACUGGGAAUUUCCACCUUCUGGAGCCUGGAGAAAUUCCAGUGCAACUUGGCUGCCAUGAGGGAGCUUGAGCAGGGGGAGAGCGCCUCUAAAGAUGACGACGUGUUUUACGACCCUAAUGAUGAGUGGGAACCAGACCUAUCUGCCUCUUCCUCAACCUCGUCUUUCUCUCGCAGAAGGAGUAGAAGUUUGCUGAAGAGCAGGAGGAUUUCUGGGCGUCUAUAUGAGAUCCGAGUGCACCCCAUUCAAAGCCUACACUGUGCUCCCACACAGUCCACUGGGCUGAUGAACAAGCCCCCCUCUCUGCACACCAGCACUUCUGACUCCGCCCUCCCAGCCAUCUGCAAAGAUAUGAUUGGCUCUGCCGUGGCUCGUCUGCGCUCCUGCCAGUCGACAGAGGAGAGCGAAAGCUUGGGUGACAAACUGACUCUAGACCUGCUGGCGAUUCACCGUGCCGUGAGGUCCAUCACAGACCUCUACGAGCACCUUGACGACGAUAGUCAGGAGAACUUGUUUGUCUGCAGUACUGAAGCCCAGACUCAUCUAGUGAAGGCCACGUCUGCUGUUGAAAGGGCUGUGUUCAUUACCAUGCACUGGGUCUCCAGCAUUAAGCCCAGCUCUGAUUCAGUGUCUCAGAGAGCUGAGGAGCUCAAGAUGGAUGUCAAGAAAAUUGGAGGCUACCUUCAGUUACUCAUUCAGGGCUGUGACUCUGAGAUCUCCUCCAUGGUAACAGAGGCCCAGAGGAGGGUUGCAGAGUGUAUGAGCGCGGCUCUCAAAACCAUCGGUUUUCUGGCGGCAGUGAAUGGGACUGAUCUUCUUUUGACUGAACAUGGUUCAGAAAUCAUAAACAACAGGUCAGUGGUGGAUUCUUUGCGGGAUGGGAUUCGUCAGUGUGUGACCGAUCUUCUCCUCAUUGGUCAGAGGAUCACCACAGAGAUGCAUCGAGAUCUUUCAUCUGCUCAUAUACCAAUUCAGAAAUCCAGCGCGAUGGAUGUCGCCAGCACUCUGCAGAGCUACUUCCGUUGCUGUUUGUCGGACAGGUCAGGCUCUUCUGAGGAUCGUUCAGAGGAUGAUGAAGGAUUGUACUUGUGUGCAAUUCAGAACACCACCGCUAAACUCCUCGCGCUGAACCGGGCGAUCAAAGACCUCCACUUGUCUUUGUUGAACUCUCUAAAGGGGAGCGGCAGCGAUGCUGGCCUUAGUCAGACGAUACAGUCUGUGUCUAAGACAAUUGAUGAUGUCAUCAACGGCGUUCUGCGUGAAAUACCUGGAAGACGUCCAGACAGCCUUCGGCUUCCAUGUGAGAAGAACAUCACGGCCGCCCGAGAUCAAGUGCACUCAGCGCUGCAGGCUUUGACAGCAGCGUUUGAUAAAAGCACAGGUGGAGUACAGACGCUGGACACAGAUGGACAGUUUGUUCAACCAGGUUAUGGCAGCAGAAAUCGAACCGUCCCUAAAGUUGUGUAUUCUCUUUCUUCAAGCAUUAGCACGUGUUCCAGAGACGCCCGCUGGGUGUGAUUUUGGAUAGCCGCAGACUGAAGGGGUACUAGUUAUGUGUAUAACUAUAUUUGGUAUAAUGGUUAAUGCUAAAGUUGGCUCACUAUUCAUUUUGAUGUAUUUACAGUAUGCACUCAUUCAGGCCUAACAGUUUGUCUGCAAAUUUUGUACGACCUGUAGAUUUAGCUGAAGGAUUUUGAAGAAGGGCUUAAGAGUAUAACUUAUGAAGAUGGGUUUCUGUUUAUUUUGCAAGUGAUCAAGCACCUAAGUCUUUUAUAACUCAUGCAGAAAAAAAUACUACUUCUGAAUAUAUUUUUGCACUUGAAACCUUUGCACAGGCUUGGGCGCACUGAUAUUUCAUAAUAUCAUUUGCAUGGAGAUUUUUAGCAUUUGCAGUAGCAUUUACUCUGGAUCAUGUACUACGCACUAAUUUAUACUUUCAGUAAUAAACACUCACUGGGAAAAGAAGUCUGGUGUUCUAUUUAAACAUACUGCACAUUGCAUGCCUUUUCUGUGUUUCUAUAUAAUUUAAUUAAAAAAACAAAACAAACUUGGUCAUAACUGGAAUCUGUUGGAAAAUGGCUCAUUUACAAUGUAACAUUGUUUUUUAUUUUAAUUUGAGUUUCAUUAUAGAUAUUAUGUGUUGUAUGACAUGUUUUAUAAAAUGUUUUAUUUCCGUAUUAAUGUUUAUUUUAUUUCAAAUAGCAAUUUUUAUUGUUUUAGUUAACUAUAAUAACCUUGGG